CAAAAAUUGUCUUGUCAAAAAUACGUGAACGUGAAGUUGGUUGCUGUUAAUUUUAAUUUGGCAUGUUGCCGGAUUUUAUUAUUUUGCAUACUUCCUAGACUCCUAGUCCAUUGCGAUUACUAAGCAUUACUUUUUCUGUGCGCAGUAAACUUAUAGUGUUUUUGAAGCGUGAUAUGUGUAAUUGAGUUUUGUGCUUAGCCAGAUGGGUAGUGAAUUAAACUUAUCAGCGACUAGAUCCAGGAUUUGCAAAAAAAUCAUCAGUCGUUCCUAAUUGUUUGUAAUGCCUGGGCGCACUCGCAUUUGGACUCGCACUUCAUUGCCACUCAUUUGUCAUAUAUUUGUUGGCGUUUUAAGCGCGAUUAGCUGGACAUGGAUUGGCUUAAUCUUGUCCGUUGUAUGGAAUUGGACCGGUGGCUGGUUCAGCUGGACACGACAAUCAGAUGAGAUGCUAAGGAAUAUUGAGAAAAAAAUAUUAUCAUGUGUGAAGACAGUGUACAAACGUUUCUAUGUGGACAUUGGUUCAGUGGUGGGUCAGAGCGACAAGAUAUGGACUAUCUGUCUAAACGAGGACGCGCCGCGCGCUCCUCUUGUUCUUUUACACGGCAUGGGGGCUGGUCUCGCGCUCUGGUGUACUAACCUAGACGCUCUUGCUGCGCACCGACCUGUAUACGCCAUUGAUUUGUUAGGUUUUGGUCGCAGUUCGCGGCCCAAGUUCUCGUCGGACGCGAGCAAGGUGGAGGCACAGUGGGUGGAGUCUGUGGAGGAGUGGCGACGUGAGGUCAACCUCGACCAGAUCAUACUGCUGGGCCACAGCCUCGGUGGUUACAUUGCUACUGCUUAUGCACUUAAAUACCCCGAAAGGGUUCGGCACUUAAUCCUAGCGGAUCCGUGGGGCUUCCCUGAAAAGCCGUCCAACGUGUACGAGAAGUACCAGAUGCCGCUGUGGGUGCGUGCUGUGGCGACGGCGGUGCAGCCGUUCAACCCGCUGUGGGCGGUGCGCGCGGCGGGCCCGGCCGGCCGCUGGCUGGUCGGCAAGACACGUCCAGAUAUACCUCGCAAGUUCGCCGCAUUCCUGCCUGACGCGGACCAACUUAUACCAGAUUAUAUUUACCAAUGCAACUCUCAGACGCCCAGUGGUGAAAGUGCAUUCCACACAUUGAUGACCGGCUUCGGUUGGGCGAAGAACCCGAUGGUGCAUCGUGUUGGCUCUCUGUCGCCGCGGCUGCCGGUCACCGUGCUGUACGGCAGCCGCUCCUGGGUCGACAACUCCACCAGCCAGCUGCUCACCGAGCACAGACCCAACUCUGCUACAUAUGUACAGGUGAUCAAUGGAGCUGGCCAUCAUGUAUACGUAGACAAGCCGGAGUUAUUCAAUAAGUAUGUAUUGGAGGCAUGCGCACGCGCAGACGCGUAUGACCCGCGCGAGACCGAGGCAGGACCGGAGACCAGCCAGGGUCUAGACCAGACUGUCGGAGACCAGCCACCAGAUCACAAUGUAAAGUCUUGAUGUACAGCUUAGUAUAUUGUAUUUAUAGGAUAUGUCUGACUUUCUUUGUUAAUUGAAGUCGCAACUCGCAAUGUUUAUAAUUUUUUUUUAACUAAACAAGGACUGAGUUUUUUUUUUAAUUUUACAGUUCUAAAAACAUACAGGGGCACAAAAUAUAUAAUAUAUAUGUAGAGCAUAUUUACACAAGCUUCCAAAUACUUUCCAUUUUCCAACUUCCAAAUUGAUUUAUUACUUAAGUUCAUGAAAACUCAACCAAAUCUGUUUACUAAUUUAAUGAAAAGCAAAUGAAUAGAAAUUUUUUCAAUUUUAUGAAUCACUUUGCAUGACUAAGUAUGGCUUAAAAUGUAAAAGCGUAAGAGAAAAGUGUGGCUUGAAAUUAUUAUAACGUAUAAUAAGUUACUUCCGAGUACUAUAAAAAACAUAUUAUAAUAUGUUUUUGUAAAAAAAUCAGUAGUGAAAAUUUACGCUAAUAAUUGGAAAUGUUAUAAGAUCUUUGGAAUAUUAGUUGUAACUACACAAUUUAAGAUAGCCUACUAUAAGUUGAGAACCAAAUAAAUAUGUUUUAAUCGAAUUCAAUAGAAAUGAGUUUUAACAAAGUAAAGAGUUUUAAUACAACUUAAUUAAUUGGUAAUUCAGAAAUUACUGGUCAUAAGAGUUUGAUUUAAAAUAUA